AUGGUCCGCGAACUCAAGCACCACGAGAAAAAGCUCCUUAAAAAGGUUGACUUCCACAACUACAAGUCCGAUGGCGGCCACCGCGAACACCAAGUCCGCCAACGAUACCUCCUCCAAGACCCAAUGGACUACAAAAAGUACAACGCGCUCUGCGGAUCGCUCCGCCAACUCGCCCACAAGCUCUCCCAGCUCGACCCGGAAACAGACCCCCUGCGCAAGAAGCUCGAGUCCGAGCUCCUGGAGAAAUUGUGGCGCAUGGGAAUCCUCAAGCAAUCGCGUGAGCAGGGUGCCGGACUCUCCAAGGUUGAGCGUGAAGUCACUGUUUCUGCACUUUGCCGGAGACGGUUGGCUGUUUUCAUGGUGCGCUCUGGUAUGGUUGAGACUAUUAAGGCUGCCGCCACAUUCAUCGAACAAGGUCACGUCCGCGUUGGAACCGAAGUCGUCAAUGACCCUGCUUUCCUGGUCACCCGUAACAUGGAAGACUUCGUGACCUGGGUCGAUUCCAGUAAGAUCAAGCGCAACAUUCUCCGGUACCGUGAGAAGCUGGAUGACUAUGAUCUUCUGUGA